AUGUCCGGGACCAAACCACCCCGUCAGGAGUUUUCAGACUCAGAUCCAGAGGACACAUCAGAGGAGCUGACAAACCUGGUGUGUCUGGAGUCAGACCUGAAGGAUGGACAGAUGAUGGAGGUUGAAGUGGGACGCCACACCGUGCUGUUGGCACGCAGCGAGGGCAAAUACAGUGCCAUGGGUAACCAGUGUACGCACUAUGGCGCCCCGCUCAGCAAAGGGGUUAUUUCAGGCAACACAGUACGCUGUCCGUGGCACGGGGCCUGUUUCAACAUCCAUACAGGAGAUCUGGAGGAAUACCCCGGCAUGGACGGUUUACCCUGCCACAAGGUCAAAAUUCAAAACAGCAAAGUGUAUGUGUCUAUAAACAAAAAGACUCUCAGGCAGCAGAAAAGAAUAAAGAGUAUGGGAGCUGCAGUACCAGGAGUUGAUCACACUAUUCUGCUGCUUGGAGGAGGGGCUGCAUCUAUAAUCUGCGCUGAGGUCCUGCGGCAGGAAUACUUCGGCGGCAGAAUCAUCAUGGCUACCAGAGACGAACUUUUACCUUACGACAAAACCAGACUCAGCAAGGUAAUGAAUGUGGAGAGUGACACUAUUCUGCUGAGGAGGAUGGAGUUUUACCAGAAGUACGAUAUUGAGAUGUGGCUCAGGAAAGAAGCACUGUCAGUGGACACAGACAAGAAGACAGUCACAUUUGAUGAUGGUUCAGUCCAGAGCUACGACCAGCUCCUCAUCUCAACGGGCUGCAGAGCAAAGGGUCUGAACGUGCCCGGCAUGAAGUUGGACAAUGUCAAGAUGUUGGAGACGCCAGAGGACGCCCGGCAAAUCCACGCAGCCUGUCUGGGCUGCAACGUCGUCCUUGUGGGAACCUCUUUUGUUGGCAUGGAAAUUGCAUCUUAUUUAAUAGACAAAGCCUCCAGCAUCACAGUGAUCGGCAGCAGUGAGCUGCCGUACCAGAACACACUGGGUCGUGAAAUCGGCAGAGCCACCAUGAUGAUGCUUUCAGAGAAAAAUGUCAAAUUCCACAUGAAUGAUAUUGUGACAGAGAUCAAAGGUGUGGAUGGAAAGGUGAAGGAGGUUGUCCUUAAAAGUGGAAAAGUUAUUCCAGCGGAUGUUUUGAUUGUUGGUAUUGGAAUCAAACCAAACUCAGAGUUCCUGCGGGGCAGUAAAAUACAGAUGGACUCAAGAAACUUUGUAACAGUUGAUAAGUACAUGCGCACCAAUGUCCCCGGUGUGUUCUGUGGGGGCGACCUGGCCACCUUCCCCCUGGCAAUGGCCAAAAACCAGCUGGUCAACAUCGGACACUGGCAGAUGGCACAAGCACACGGGAGGAUAGCAGCUCUGAAUAUGCUGGAUAAACAGAGUGAACUCAGCUCUGUUCCUUUCUACUGGACCGUCCUACUGGGUACAACCAUCCGAUAUGCAGGUUAUGGAGAGGGAUACACUGAGAUUGUAUUGAAAGGAAAGUUGGAGGACAAGAAGUUUUUGGCAUUUUACAUCAAGGAUAAUGAGGUCAUAGCGGCAGCGGGCCUAAACUACGACCCAGGAGUGUCUGCAGUCGCUGAGAGGCUCCUAACAGGAAAAGUUAUCACGAAGGAAGAGGCUGAAUCAGAUGACCUGAGCUGGCUGCAGUUGUCCUGAUCUACACUUUCCUCCACUCAUCCGCUCAACACAUCAUCUGUACAGUGUCGUCAUGCAGUCACUCAUCUGUCUCUCCUACGCUCUCACCAAGGACAAAGAGUUUAGAGACCUGUGUUAAAAUGUUUGAUCCAGAGGAGAACAACUUCACUGAUGGCAUGGUGUCAAAAAGCAGAAUCUACAGUGUUUAAGUUUCAUAUUUACAGUGUCAUACAGUCAUACAGUCAUGUGAGGGGGACUCCAGCAUGCAAACAACAGAUACCUCAGAUGGAUGCAGCUUUUAGGACUUCUUUUUUAGUCUUAACAUUUUUUAUUAUUUCAUUAGAUUAUUAUUUUUUAAUUUUAUGGCUUUAUGUCUCCAAAAGGUAUUUCAGUAACAGUCCAGAGACAUUUAAGAUGCCUCAGUAUGUUCUCUGCUGUUAAUACCUGAAAGGCAGUGAUGCUUUUUACUUGGUUAGAGCUGCUGGAAAAAAACACAAGUGACCUUAAAUGUACAAUAUGGGGUCUCUCACAUCAAAACAAUAACAAAAGAAGAAGAUCGAUGGCGUUGUGAAGUCGCUUGGGAUCAUGGGAGUUGUUGUCUUCACCACCAUUGCUGUCAUUGCAGUCAGCUGCUCAAAGGUUUUUACCGGAGGCCGAAUUAUCCACAGAGGUCUCUUCCUCUCCAAAACAAACACAGCUGGUGAUUAAAACCGGUAAAAACACUGAAUAAAGCCGUUUUUACUUUAAA